GAAAGAGAGAGAGAGAGAGAGAGAGAGAGAGAGAGAGAGAGAGAUGGGGAAUUGCCAAGCCAUUGAUAAUGCAACCCUAGUAAUCCAACACCCAUGUGGCAGAGUAGACAAGUUGAACUGGCCUGUCACUGCCAAUGAAGUUAUGAAAUUGAAUCCUGGCCACUAUGUUGCUCUUCUCCUCACCACCACCACCGCCGCCGCCGCCGCCACUGCCACUGCCACUGCCACUUUAGUACGCAUAACGCGUAUAAAGCUUCUCCGGCCAACCGACACUCUGGUUAUUGGCAAAGCUUACAGACUCAUCACCACUGAAGAGGUAAGGAAAGGGUUGUGGGCAAAGAAGUAUGCUAAGAUGAGGAGGAAACUAUCAGAGACAGAGUCUGGUGAUAAGCAAGAGAAUGUGAAAGAGAAGAUGGGUUCUGAUUUUGAGACACCAAAUAGAAGAUCUGAGAUGGAGAAGACCAACCAGGUGUUAAAACAUGAGAGACAUCGGCCACGACCCAGGACGACAACAUCGACAAACUCUACUGCUGCCAAAUCGAAAGCAUGGCAGCCUUCACUGCAUAGCAUCUCGGAGGCCGGAAGCUGACUCUCUCUCUCUCUUCAUGUUCUUUGUAUGAAACUGGUGCAGAUCAUCAAUUCAGUACAUCCCUGAGGUGGUUAGUCUGGUGAGCAUAAUGGAAAAAGUUUCUUCAGUGGCAAGUCAAUCCGUGUGGAGCCUUGUAUUGUACAUCCAAAUAGAGAAUAGUGCAUCCAAACAUGGUUGUAAUCAGCUGCUUAGAACUAGGUCUUUGUUCAAAAAGCAUUUACUAAUUUGCAGUGUCUCACAAAUGGGUUAUUUGUCCAAGUUC